AUGUCUCUGUUAUCCGUACCCAUUGUGAAGUCACGUGAUAAGAGGAAGCUUCAGAACGGUCACGUGGAUGGACACCAGUACCAUGGGUCAAAGGCGCAGGCAUACCUUUCUGCAACAUUUGUCAACAGUCCAGUAGAAGAAGUAAAAAAAUAUUCACAAAAAAUUAAAGUAAUUAAAUACAAGGAAGAGGGAAAAGAAAUUGAAUUUGUGAAGUCUGAGCCAAAAUGUUCAGGUUCCAAGAAACCAAAGAAAAUUGCCACAGAGGAACUGUUGGAUCAGCCAUCAACUUCAGUUGUUCAGGAAGAUGUAAGGACUUAUGUAUCCAGAAAAACUAAAGAACGAGAAGGAUGGGAAACAGUACAGCCUUCAAUGCUAAGGGCUAGAAUUGAGGAAAUGUGCCCAUCAACAUGGGAAUGUUGUUUUUGUGGCAAGGAGACGAUGCAUAUUAUCUACUGUCCAGACUGUGGUCCAACAGCAUACUACUGUGAAACAUGCUGCACAAAACUCCACAGUGUAGUGCUUUUUCACAAGCCAUGUGUUUGGAAAGUAAAUAAUAAUCAGCUGGUCAUCUUUAAAAAGAAUUGUUUGUUUGCCCUCUUCCGACCGACUGACUAA